AUGUUGAGCUACUGUGCUUUGCUCGGUGUUAUGAAGAUGGGGUGGGCGCGUUUGACAUGGAGUCAAGAAAACCACUCCACCGACCUCAACUUGUAUCAAGACGACUCGUGCUCUUCUGCCAAAAUUCUUGUGGACUUGAAAUUCGAGUUUGAUCUUCGCAGUUUCGGUGCCCGCUCGACAAAUCAAUACAAGCAAGGACCUCUCCUUACCAUCGUGGCGGACUCUCACGCUACUGGCGGACGUUCCAGAGUCCCGUCGCAGAAUCCGUAUAUGUUCGCAACGAAUGCCGCCGGAAACGAGCCGAAACGCGGAGCGGACGAGUCGGCGGAAGAGUAUCUGAAUUGGAAGACGGGCUUUUCUUUAACCUAUGAUGUGUCUUGA